UUCUGGGGAAGACUUUGGAUGAGCAUAAGUGUUUGAUUAUUAGGAGUUAUCUCAUUUUUCUUUGGGUGCUUGUACAUUGUUAGUAAUGUUUUUUGUACUGUUUAUGCUAUGUAUUAGGGCUCCUAGUGUUGUCCCUGUUUUUUCUUCCAUGAUUUUUAUCAUUUUAGAUUUCAUAUUUAGGUCUUUGAUCCAUUUCAGUUAGUUUUUGUGCAUGGUGUGAGGUAUGGAUCUUGUUUCAUUUUUUUGUGGAGGGAUAUCCAGUUAUGCCAGCACCAUUUGUUAAAGAGGCUGUCUUUCCCCCGUUUAACUGACUUUGAGCCUUUAUCAAAUAUCAGCUAAUAAGUGAAUGGAUUUAUGUCUGGAUUCUCAAUUCUGUUCCAUUGGUCUAUGUGUCUGCUGCUGUACCGGUACCAGGCUGUUUUGACUACUAUGGUGGUAUAAUAAGUUCUAAAAUCAGGUAGUGUGAUGCUUCCCACUUUGUUCUUCUUUUUCAGUAAUGCUUCAUUUAUCUGGGGCCUCUUUCCCUUCCAUAUGAAGUUGGUGAUUUGUUUCUCCAUCACAUUAAAAAAUGUCCUUGGAAUUUGGAUUGGAAUUGCAGCAUAUCUAUAGAUCGCUUUCAGUAGAAGAGACAUUUUUACAAUGUUCAGUGUUCCUAUCUAUGAUCAAGGUAUGUUUGUCCACUUACGUAAGUCUCUUUUGAUUUCUUUUAGUAGUGUCUUGUAGUUUUGUUUGUAUAGGUCUUUUAUGUCUCUGGUUACAAUAUUAUUCCUAGUAUUUUAUCUUCUUGGGGGCUACUGUAAAUGGCAUUGAUUUGGUGAUUUCUCUCUUUGAUGUUCUUUUUGUUGGUGUAGAGGAAUCCAACUGAUUUUUGUAUGUUUAUCUUGUAUCCUGAUAUUCUGCUGAACUCUUCUAUUAGUUUCAGUAGUUUUCUUGAGGAUUCUUUUGGGUUUUCUCUGUAUAAGAUCAAGUCAUCUGCAAAUAGAAAUACUUUUAUUUCUUCUUUACCAAUCUGGAUGCCCUUUAUUUCUUUAUCUGGCCCAAUUGCUCUGGCUAGGAGCUCCAGCACACUGUUGAAUAAGAGUCGUGAUAAAGGGCAUCCUUGUCUGGUUCCCCAUCUCAAGGGAGUGCUUUCAGAGUCUCUCCAUUUAGGGUGAUGUUGGCUGUUGGCUUUAUAUAAAUGCCCUUUAUUGUGUUGAGGAAUUUUCCUUCUAUUCCUAUUUUCUGAGAGUUUUUAUCAUGAAUGGGUGUUGGACUUUGUCAAAUGCCUUUUCUGCAUCAAUUGAUAAGAUCAUGUGGUUCUUGUCCUUUGUUUUACCUAUAUGGUGGAUUACUUCGAUUGUUCUUCUAAUGUUGAACCAUCCCUGCAUACCUAGUAUGAAUCCCAUGUGGUCAUGGUGAAUUAUUUUUUUGAUAUGUUAUUGAAUUCUAUUGGGUAGAAUUUUGUGGAGGUUUUUUGCAUCUAAGUUCAUGAGGAAUAUAGGUCUGUAAUUUUGUGUGUGUGUGUGUGGUGUCUUUACCUGGUUUUGGUAUCAGGGAUAUGCUGGCUUCAUAGAAUGAGUUUGGGAGUAUUCCAUCUUUUUCAAUGCUCUAAAAUACCUUUACUAGUAGUACUGUUAACUCUUCCCUGAAAGUUUGGUAGAACUCACCGGGGAAGCUGUCAGGGCCAGGGCUUUGUUGUUGUUGUUGUUGGGAGAUUUUUAAUUUUUUUAAUUACCUUUUUCAACCUCUCCUUCUGUUAUGGGUUUAUUUAAUUGUUCUACCUCUGUUUCUGUUAGUUUAGGUAGGCAAUGUGUUUCUAGAAAUUCAUCCAUUUCUUCUAGGUUUUCAAAGCUGUUAGAGUAUGAUUUUUCAUACUAAUCUGAUAUGAUUCUUUUAAUUUCAGUUGGGUCUGUUGUGAUGUUGGGUAAUUUGCUUCUUCUCCUUUUUUUCUUCUGUCAGUUUGGCCAAUGUUUUAGCAAUUUUGUUAAUUUUUUCAAAGAACCAGCUUUUGGUCUUGUUAACUCUUUCAACUUUUUUUUCUGUUCUCUAUUUCAUUUAAUUCUGCUCUACUUUUUAUUAUUUAAUUUCUUCUGAUGACUGAGGGUUUCUUUUGUUGCUCUCUUUUUAUUUGUUCAAGUUGUAGGGAUAAUUCUUUGAUUUUGGCCCUUUCUCCUUUUUGAAUGUGUGCAUGUAUUGCUAUAAAUUGACCUCUGAGCAUGCUUUACCUGUGUCUCAAAGGUUCUGGUAGGAAGUGUUUUCAUUCUCAUUGGAUACUGUGAAUUUCUUUAUUCCAUCCUUAAUUUCUUCUAUAACCCAGUCGUUUUUAAGCAAGGUAUGCUCAGGUUCUGAGUGGUUGAUUUCAUUUCCCUGCUUUUUUUUUUUUGUUUUUGAUUUCUACUUUUAUAGCUUCCUGGUCAGAGAAGAUGCUUUGCAAUAUUUUGAUGUAUUGGACUCUGUUAAGGUGUGCUUCAUGGCCUAAUAUGUGGUCUCUCCCAGAGAAUGUUCCAUAUGCAUUGGAAAAGAAAGUAUACUUGGCUGCUGUUGGGUGGAGUGUUCUGUAUAUGUAUGUGAAGUCAAGUUGGUUGAUUGUGGCAUUUAGAUUUUCCAUGUCUUUACUGAGCUUCUUUCUGAAUGUUCUGUUCUUCACCAAAGUGGUAUGUCGAAGUCAGCUAAUAUUAUUGUGGAGCUGUGUAUCUCACUUUACAAUGCUGUUAGAGUUUGUUUUAUGUAUCUUGAAGCCCUGUCAUUGGGUGUGUAUAUAUUUAAUAUGGUGAUAUCCUCCUGGUAUGUUGUCUGUUUAAUCAUUAUAUAGUGUCCUUCCUUAUCCUUUUUGGUGAAUUUAACUUUAAAGUCUAUUUUGUCAGAAAUUGAUAUUGCCAUUCUUGCUCUUUUUUGAUUGUUGUUUGCUUGAUAUAUAUUUUUGCCAUCCUUUGGUUUUAGUUUGUUUGUGUCUUUAAGGAGUGUCUCUUGUAGGCAGCAUAUAGAUGGAUCGUGUUUUUUAAUCCAUUCUUUCACUCUCUGUCUCUAUUGGUGCAUUUAGUCCAUUUACAUUCAGUGUAAUUAUGGUAGUUAUGAGUUUUCUGCCAUCAUUUUGAUAUCUUUUUUUGUAUGUUGUCGAGUUUCUUUUUUCUGCUUAAUUUUUUGUACUGAGUAGUUAUUCUUUGUAUAUUGUCUUUUCCUCUUAUUCAUUGUUGAUUUUUUUUUUUUCCCGAGUUGUUAUGUUUUUCUUGUAUUUUAUUUCGAUGUGUAGGAUUGUUAGUCUCCUUUUUGGUUACCUUAAUAUUUGCCAUUAUUUUUCUAAGUUUAAACCUAACUUUUACAUCUUUCUAUCCCCUUGACUAUCUCUGUGUGUGAAAGAUCUAUGACUACAUUUUUCACUCCCUCUUUAUUAUUUUAGUAUUGUCAUCCUUUACAUAAUAACAUCACUGUUUCCCUGUUCUGAGCAUUUUUUUAUCUUGAUUUAUUUUUGUAAUUUCCCUGCCUGGGUUGAUAUCUGGUUGCUCUGUCCUGCAUUCUAAUCUUGGGUUGAUAUCUGAUAUUGUUGAUUUUCUAUCAGAAAACCCUCUUUAGUACUUCUUGUAGGUUUUUUUUUUUUUUUAACAAAUUCCUUAAUCUUCUGUUUAUCUGGAAAUGUCCUAAUUUCACCUUCAUAUUUGAGAGACGGUUUUGCUGGAUAUAAUAUGAUGCUGGCUGGCAAUUUUUUUCCUUCAUCACUUUAUAUAAGUCAUCCCAUUGCCUUCUUCCCUGCAUGGUUUCUCUCGAGUAGUCUGAGCUUAUUCUUAUUGAGUCUCCUUUGUAGGUGACUUUUCAUUUAUUCCUAGCCACUCUUAAAAUUCUCUCUUUGUCUUUGGUUUUGGCAAGUUUCUUUAUAAUAUGUCUGGGUGACUUUCUUUUGAGAUCUACCUUAUGUGGGGUUCAAUGAGUCAUCUUUCAUGGUAUCAAGGAAGUUUUCUGCCAACAAAUCUUCAACAAUUCUCUCUGUCUUUUCUGUUAUCCCUCCCUAAUCUGAUACUUCAAUCACUCAUAGGUUAUUUCUCUUGAUAGAGCCCCACAUGAUUCUUAGGGUUUCUUCAUGUUUUUUAAAAAUAAUUUUAUCUGAUUUUUCAUCAAAUAUAUUGGUGCCACGUUAUUUAUCUUCAAUCUCACCAAUUCUGCUUUCCAUUUCGUCAAUACUGUUCCUCUGUCUACUGAGUUGUCUAAUUCUGUAAUUUUAUUGUUAAUCUCCUGAAUUCCUGAUUGCUUUCUUUCUAUGGAUUGUUGCAGCCUAUUAAAUUUUUCUUUAUGUUCUUGAGUAAACUUUUUAGUUUCUUCAGCUACUUUAUCUGUGUGUUCUUUGGCUUGUUCUGCAUUUUGCCUGAUCUCCCUGAUCUCUUGAAAGUUCUGUAUAUUAACCUUUUGUAUUCUACAUCUGGUAAUUCCAGGAAAACACCUUCAUCUGGAAGAUUCCUUGAUUCUUUGUUUUGAGAGAUUGUUGAAGUGAUCAUGGUCUGCUUCUUUAUGUGAUUUGAUAUUGACUGCUGUCUCUGAGCCAUCUAUAAGUUAUUUUAUUUUAUUUUUUUACUUUUGCCUACUGUAUCCUAGCUUUUUGCUUUGUUUUGUUUUGAUAUGCCCAAAUAGGCUGCUUGAGUGAGCUUGCUUGAUCAUUUGCAACUUUCAAGAUUUAACAUCCUGUCACCAGAUGGCUCGACCUGUUACCAGGUAUAUGAGCCUAGGAGUCCAUUCACUUUUCUUGUAUAGAUUCAGCUCAGGUGUCUAGGUAGUUGGUCAUCAAUUGUAGGUCCUCACGUCCUAUAGUCUUAUAUGGGGAGGGGUGAUUGUUGUAGACACAGGUAUCUGCUUGCAGCAGGGGGUCACACUCUGAACAAAGACGGUUGCUGAGAACCAUCUCCCAAGUAUCUGUGAGGAAAGUGCACCUCUGUUUCUAUAGUGCACAGGUAGGUGGGUUCUGCAGUCAGACCACAGGCACCCUACGCUUUUGUUUGUAAGGACUGGGAGGCACCUGUUAUCCUUGGACCCCUGUUGUGGGUGUCUAGAUGAUGUGGGUGGAGCCACCAGUCCUCAGGCCCCCAACGUAGGUAGGUGAGGACCCUGUUUAAUAGGCAGAGCAGUGUCAAACAUCAAAAACACACCUCUCCACCAGAAGGUGAAACAGUUGAAGUUGGAUACCCAGCACAUACACCACUGCAGUAACAAGGGCCUAAUCUACCGAAAUGGGCCUACACAGGUCCAUGCAGGGGUGAAAGGUAUUCAAAGUCCAUGGAGCAUUUGUGCCUGGAAAGGAGCUUCUUCUGUCCUGAGCUUCCCAGCUUAGUGGAGCUGGCAGAUUAUCUUUUCCCCCAAUUGUUAAUUUAUUCCUUCUCCAAGGCCAGGAGAAUGGCUCAGGCUGCACAGCAACACCUAUCUCAGGUGCAGGGAGAUCUACAGCUACUGAAGCUGUCUUGGGGGCUGAGCGCACAGUAAAACGAAUGCAAGUACUUAGCUUUUGCCAACAACACUGCUCUUCUCUGGUUCCGGAGUUGUGAGUAGACUGUGAGACUUGCUGUCUCCCCCGGAGGAAACUGCAUCCUGACUGCUACUGCCAGCCCUGCCACUGUCCCUCCAGGGGACUGUGUCCAAGGGGUGCCCAAGAGACAGAAAGGGCUACAUAAAGCAGAGACUCCAUCAGCCUGAGACCAGAAGAACCAGAUGGUGCCUGGCUACCACCAAUGACUGCACUGAAAGGGAACAUAGCAGAGAAUCCCUGAUGAAGCAGGAGGAAAGUGGGAUGCAGACCUCAGAUUCCAGUAAAAAGACCAGACAUAACGGUCUGACUGAGAUGGAGGUACCCCAGAGGUCAUGACCCCCACACUGUCUGUCAAAACUAAAACCAUUCUUGAAACCAACUCUUCAGACAAAGAUUAGACUAUAGGACAUAAAAUGAUACUGGUGAGGAGUGUGAUUCUUAGCUUAAGUAGACACAUGAGACUAUAUGGACAGCUCCUAUCUGGAGUCAAGGUGAGGAGGGAGAGGAGAACAGGAGCUGGUUCAAUGGACACAGGGAACACAGGUGGAGAGAAGGAGUGUGCUGUCACAUUGCAGUGAGAGCAACUAGGGUCACAUAACAAUGUGUACAUAAGUUUUUGUAUGAGAAACUGACGUGGAUUGUAACUUUUCACUUAAAGCACAAUAAAAAAAAAUAAAAGAAAAUCUAGUAUAUACUCACAAACAACUUUUAUGACCUUCGGGAGAUGAUGCUUUUCUUCUAAACUUAUAUCCUAAGAUUUGCUGAAGCAGUGCAUCAGCUCCCGUUGAGGGGCUGUAUUUCUUCCUUGGGUGUUCUGUGCACAAUAAUGCCAAAGCAAACUUUCCUGAAGUCAGGUAUCAUUACCUGGAUCUUCUGCUCAGAAAUCCAUGAUGAAUUAUCAUUGCCAAUUACUAGCUACACAAAGUUAUUUUAAUUCACAUAUAUGUACAUACAUAUAUAUCUUCAGUUUCUCUGCAAUGCAUUCCUUUCUACCCACUCACCCAAUUUCCAAAGUUCUAGUUAACCAGCCCUUUUACUGGAGUGUCUAUAUGACAUGGUCAUUGUAGCUGCCAUGACUCUCCUCAAGCUUUCCGCAAAGAAGAAGUGCAUUCUGUCACUCUGGUUCCCUGAUGCCUAGCUGACACAAAGUAUUGCACAGUGGCACCUUCUCUUACUCAUUUCUCUUUUUUUGAAUUUAAAACUCAAGUUAUAUGGUGAUUAAGUAAUAGAAAUGUUAUAAAUUUAAAAAGAAAAAGUAUUGAGAGUAUAAAGAGAUUAAGAAUGACAGCAUGAGAUGAGACAGUGAAAGAUUUCAGACCCUUCCCGCCUCCCUGUCACAGCUGGCAACCCCCAAUAAUCUUCGGUUUCUAUAUAUUUGCUUAUUUCAUACAAGUAAGAUCAUACAGUAGUUGUCCUUUUAUGACUAACUUUCUUCAAUCAGCAUGAUGUUUUCAAAGCCUAGCAAGAAAGAAUUUUCAAAUUCCAACUAUAGCUAACCUCAGUUUCUGCUAUCAUUCCCAGUUCUCCAUCCUUUCUCCAACUAGUGUACCACCUUUGUCUUUUCUGUUGCUGCCCCAUUCUGCCCUUUGGUAGCUGAGCCCUGCUUCCUGCUCCCUCCUUGGUCUCUGUACCCCUCUAACACACUGCUGGCAGGUUCCGUUUCUGGAUCUUGUCUUUGGAGCUUUCCCUCCAUCCAACACACAUGACCUAGCUCUAUCUCUUUCUGGAUCCUGAAGUCUACAGUCUUUCCCACAUAUUCACAAACAUACACAGACCUUUAGGUUGACAUAGGCAACCCACCCAGACACACCCAGUUAAGGUGGUUGUGUGCUGUCUGUCUGAGGUUUCUGGCAUCAGGUUCUCAGAUACGGAUAUCUCUUUCUGCCUCACGCUGAAGGAGUUCCUCUAAUAAGGACAAGGGCUUCUAUUCCGAGAAAAGCAACUUUAAUCCCCUACUGUAGCUUGGUUAAGAAGGGUACAAGAAAGAGGUAUACACGUAAGAGUCUUAACUAAAUAUACGCAUUCUUCUCUUUAAGUAUAACUUCUCCGUAAAACAGCCUUUCAGUAAAAGAGGUUGAAAAGAGGUGAGCAUUGCUCUCCUUUGAGCGUUUACACCCCAAAUUUACUAAGAAAAUCACCCUCAUAGAAAACUUCUUUCAAUGACGUCACACAUUUAUUAUGAAGUUUCAGGGGAAUGAGGUCAUUUCUAAGUUCCGAAGGAACAAAUUCAUUGGAAUUCAAUAAAUGUGGAAUUAAAGAAAAAUAAUUUCUUAAAAAAUGAACUACCAUAAACAGUGCCACUUUACAAUGGAGACUUUGUCUUCCACAGCAGUGCCCCCAAAGGGUGGUGGGUCUCUGGGGAAGAAGAAAGAAACCAUGGGGUCUGCAGAGGUGGAGGAUAUGGUGAUGGAGAGGCCUCCAGGGGUCCCUAUGACCAAAGCUUUGGGGUCACAGGUGAGGAUAAGGACCCUGAAAGCUCAACUAAAUCUACUAUUCUCAGAGGUCUCUAUCCAAGAGGAAAAUGCCCAAGAAUCAACAACAUCCCAAGCAAAAAGCCCAAGUUCCAGGCCCAGGAAGAUUCCAAAAGCAUCAGAGAGCCCUUUUCCUUCAUCUUCUACCGAGCAGACCUCUCACUCCUCCAGCUACAGGGCUACUUCAGAGAAACAAUGGGUCAGGUGCGCAUAUUUCACCCAGAUGCGCACAGUCAAGGGGGCGGCGGUCGCUUGGCAGACCAAAACCUCCUUUGCCCCCGUGGGCAAGAUGCCCCAGGUCUUUGAGGCUGAGCUCUCUGAGGAGAGCACCAUCGGCUCUGCCCCCAGUCUGGCCAACACUGAGUCCCUGGUCAGCACCCUGGAGCCCUGGCAGGAGGGGCCCCAGACCUGUACUUCGGACCCCACCGACCAAGGGGAGAAGCAUGGGGAGAGCCCCCGCGCAGCCACCCCGGAGUGGCUGGUGACCCGUGAGCGCGGCUUCCGCUGCGUGGCCUGCGGCCGCCUGUUCCAGUCCCGGGAGGCCCUGGUUGCGCACGCGGCGCAUGGUGUGAGCCAGAGCUUCAGCUGCCGGGUCUUCUUUCAAGAGCUGCUGGAGAGGCCGCUGCCAGGCUCAGUCCAGGGGAGGCCCCAACGCUGCCACCUGCUGGCCAGGCGUUACCUGAUGGCCUCCAAGAAGAGGGAGGUGAGGGAGAUGAGAGCAGUCUGCAGGCGCCUGGAGGAGCAGCUGGAGAAGCAGAGAGAAGAAUUGAAGAGGCUGAGGCACCAGCUGGACAGGCUGCAGAGGCAGGCCAGGCCGCAGAAGGUGCAGCACCAAGGCCAGAGGGGGAAGGACCUAAAGACCUGCUAGCACCCUGGGACUAGGAGGAGCAGGGCCUUUGGGCUGGAAACGAGGGCCCUUCAUGAGAGACCUCCAUUCAGGUUCGUUUAACCCAGCUCCCCUGGAAGAUCUUAGCCUCCUUCCCCUGUGACCACCAGCCUUCCACCCUAAGGGCACAAAGACCUCCAGCCCUAAGGAAGAAGCCCCAGAUAGCUGAACACAGACACCAGGUCCCCUCAGAGGCUCCCCUGGCCCAGGAGAGGACAGGACAGGCCUCAUCUUGAUGGUGAGGUCUUGGGACCCCUAAGGAUGAGCACAGAGUAAGUAGGGAAAGGGGAAUGGGAUUUCAGUGGGACUUGGGAGGCUAAGGGGGACCCUGGUGAGGUGUGAUGGUGAAGGGGGUAUCAGUGAGUUCUUUGGAGGAGAAAGAAUCAGAGAGAUGGCAGGGUGUCAGGAAACCUGCCUGCAGGUGAGCAGUGGGCAUAAAGCCCUAAACCAAGGACUCUGGGUCCCUUCCCAGCAGCAUACAGGCAGAGAAAGAGGUAAGGCUUGGCAGGAGGAGAGGAGGGCCCGGUGAAGGAAAAUGAAUUCACCCCAGCCAUGUCUUCUGGUCUCCUAGGGUGAAUUUGGGGUUCUGAUUAGGAUGCAUUGUUGUUGCCUCAUUAGGGGAAUGUAAGUGGGAGGUGGUGUAGAAAAAUCCCCCUGGGUGUUAACCAUUUCUGGAUAAGAGUUGAUCCAGUGCUUACAGGGUAUUUCUUGUAGAGUAUGUCCUCGGGUAAGGGGUAGAGCUUUGGAACUUUUUCUUCUCCUUUAAAUAAAGCUGUACAUUCCAGUUCUUGACACGUCAAUAAAUCUCGUUAAUUCCCCCCCCCCCUCCGUGGUCAAAUCUGUUCUGUCCCGAGGUCAAAGAACUGGAAGAAAAAGGCCAUCUGAGAUGAAAGAAGCAAAAGAGAGGAGAGGGUUCUUAACCUGGGGAGAAGAGCGAGAACACAGUUAUAGAGACCAGAAGAGCUCACUGGUUCCAAGAACAAGAAGAAAUGCACUGGAUCUGAUUAUUACUGUCUGUGGUGUGCUCUCCUUCCAGUGAUUAAAAUCUUUUGUCUGUCAUUAUAGAAAAUUUUCACCUAUUUAAAAUAUCUAACGAAACACAUUAAAAUAUACAUGUAUCUAUGAUGUUUAUCAACUUCCAAAGUUCUGAAAUUGUUUUUUAUUACAUUUUCGAGAUUACAGAUUUGUAUGACAAAAAAGUUAUGUCAGGGUCCCACCCUCGUAUGUAAUUUGCUCCCACUCCCACAAGGUAUCCAAUGUUAAUAGACACAUAUGUGUCCUUCCCUACACUUCUCUGCAGGGACACAUAUACACAGUCACAGGUACACAAGUACAUCUGCUGGGAUGUUUGCUUUUAUGGAAACUUGGUCUCACUCUAUCCACAUUGCUCUUGCCCCUUCUUUCACUUGACAUUCUACCUUGAUUCUCUGUAAGUCAUUAGAUAUGGCACUAACACUAUAUUUUUGGGUCUUUAACUUACAUGAAUAAUUUAAAUAGAUGAUAUCAAUUCAGUACACUUUAUCUGGACUUGUACAUGUUGUUGUUAGAAGCUAUCAAGUCAGUUCUGACUCACAGUGACCCUAGGCACCACAGAACAAAACUCGGCCGGUCACUGCAAUCCUAAUAAUCGUUGCUAUAUUUGAGCACACUGUUGCAGCCAUUGUAUCAAUCUCAUUGAGGGUCUUCCUCUUUUUCCCUGGACCUCUGCUUUACUAAGCAUGAUGUCCUUUUCCAGGGACUGGUCCCUCUUGAUAAGAUGUCCAAAGCCAUCCUUACUUCUAAGGAAUAUUCUGGCUUUCUCUGCUCAAGACAGAUUUAUUUGUCCAUACAUAACACCACUAAAAUGGAAACAUUAUCAUCCAUGCUUUUUAAGUCCACUCUUCCUGCAUGUUCUAACUCUCCUCCCCCUGUUCUUUCCCACAAGUGAAUCCAAGGUAAUUCAGGUUAACAAUGUGGUAAGUAGUCUCUCCUAUCCUUGCUUAAACAAGCCCACACAGACUUGCAUGUACCCUCGUCUUCUCAUUUAUACACACACAUAAACAUACACAGGUAUUCAAGCAUAUUCAAACAAUUGAUAUUGUUUAACCCAGAUGUGCUCAUUUUAUAUACACUUCUCUGCACCUUGAUUGUUUCAGUAAUACUUCCAUAAUACUUCAUAGAGAUUUCUCCCACUCAACUACUACAACUCUUUUUCAUUCUAAUGACUCCCUGUUUUAUUGAGGAUGUAGCUUUACCAUAAGUUAUCUAUCAUUCCACCAUCAAUGGACAGUCAAAGUUUCGUCAUAUUAAUAAUAACUAUCCUUUGUGUACUACAGGAUUUGUUUCUGUGGAAUAGACUCCACAGAGUGAGAUUUCCAAUUCAAAGAAUGUUAAAAGUACAGAGUCAUGGCCAUAUCUUUCCCCUAGAGGCUGCCAUAAUGCACCUCUCCAGCCACCUCUCAGGGCAUCCUUCUCCCCACAGCCCAGCCAGCUAUAGGUGGUGCUGAUUUUCAAAUUGUGCCAGUUUCACUGGCAGUUUGAUAUUUUCUGAACUUGGACUAUGUUUACUGGGCAUGUGGAUUUACUCUGAAUGAACUGUUUGAAUUCACUGCUCAUUGUUCAAGUGCAUAACUUUUAUCCUUCUGUGUAAAAUGGAAAUUGUUAUUAAGGCUUGUCAUCUCCAUUUCACAUGAUUUCCCAAAUCUAUGAUUUGUGUAUCACAUUUUUGCAAGCUUUGUGCCCCAGAACGAUCACUUGAGUCAGCACCAUUUAUUAAAUAAAUAUAAUUUUCUUGAAAUACGACCUUUGUAAGUUAUUGUGACUUCUUAACAGAUUUUGUUUCAUUGGUCGACUUGUCAGCUUCUAUGCUAUGUAAUAUCAAUUUGUUCUGUUACCCGAAGAGGUAGACACCUGUCACUAUCCUGCUUUUUCAUGUUUUACUUUGGUAAAACCGCCCUGGUUUUGCAGCGAUUAAGUGCUCAACUGCUAGUCCAAAGAAAGUGUGGCAGGUCGAACCCACCAGGUGUCCCCAAGGGAGAAAGACCUGGUGUUCUGCUCCCAUAAUGAUUACAACCUAGAAAACCCUAUGGGGCAGUCAAAUGGGAUGGCUUUGAGUCAAAAAUUGCCUCCAAGUCUCGUAACAACAGGAAUAUUCUUUGUUAUCUAUUCUUUGUUAUCUACUGUAGUAUUUGUAGCAUAUGAUUACUGUAUACAGUUCAAAAACAACUAUCUUAAUAUUCUGGCUAGAAAUGCAUUCCACUUAUAUAUUAGUUUUAAGGACCUCCAUUUAAUCGACAAGACGUUCCAUUUGAAAAUAUGGCAUAUUUUUGCAUAUAUUCAGGUUUCAUUUUAUGUACUUUAAUACACUGUUUUCCCUCAUAGAGGUCCUUUGCUGCUCUGGUUAAAACAAUGUUUUGCUAAAUAUUUUACAGUUUUGGACACAGUGUGGUACAGUCAAGUAGUAAGGGAAAGAGAACGGUCUGCCCUUCCCACCCUUGCCAAUUUUAGACCCUUAUUCUAUACUGGAGAGAAACCAUUGAUUUUGAUGCAUUUGUCUUUUAUGCAGGUAUAUAAUUAUAUCAUCAUUAUUUUAAAUAUCUCUUUUAAUACUUGUACUAGUUAUUUAAAUUUUCUAGUUUAUUCCUUCACCUAAAAACUAUGUUGAGUGAUAGCAAAAUUUUUGUCUAGUUCCAAAUUUAUCGGAAUGGGUUUAAUAUUUUUCCAUUUAUCUCACACCUGAUAAGUUUGGGGAGAAUUUGUUAUGCACCAAGAGAUAACUAAUACUCUGAGCUACUGACCUUUAUGGUAAUCUACACACGACUUGUUUCUGACAGUUAAGUACUUCCACCUGGCCUCUGUUCAGCUGGGAUUUACAUUGCUACUAGGCAGCCCAGCUCCCACUAAAACCUGAUCCUAUAGAGAAUUGUUCUUGUUAGCUGUCAUCAAGUCAUUUCUAACUCAUGACAACCCCAUGUGGGCAUAGUACAAGUGUUCAAUAGGGUUUUCAAGGCUGUGAUCCUUUAAAAGCAGAUCGUCAGGACUGUCUUCUGAGGUUCUUUUGGUUAGGUUCAAACCUCCAAACUUUCAGCUAGUAUAGAACACUUAACUGUUUGUGGCACCCAGGGACCCCCUGCAAAGGAUACAUAUUGGAUAAGCUCCAUGUUGCUGGUGCUCCCCUCAUCUCCACGUUCCUUAUUCUUUUGAUGAAAUGGGUGUCCUUCAGGACCUCCAAGAAAUGCCCACAUAUUGGAGGCUUUUAUUUCUUCUUCCAACACCCGACACAGUAGGUCUGGCAUUUCGAUUUCAUAGAAUUUGGGCCGUUGCCUUUUCCAACCUUCCAAAAGCAAUCCCACAGCAUAUUAAACCCAUUUCCAGAACCCUUGCUACGGCAAUAAAUCCUUGUCAACAAACUCUCCUUGACCCAACUUUAUAUUAAACUCCCCUUGACUCAGCACCUUCAGCACUCGUCCCUCAGCACACCCCCGUCCUGCUCACACAAGGCAGCCAGAUCUUGCAGCUCCUUCAGUGUACAGUCCCUCCCCCUCAACCACAACCAGCACUUCCCCGGUGGCUAUGCUGGUAUCUGACAGCUAAGUAUCUGGACAAAUGCAUGGGACUCUAUCUGAGGAUUCUGCAAGGGAAACUGUUGAAGGUGGAUUGGGGAGGUGGCGGGAAACCAGAACAAAGAGUAUGAACAUUCCAGAGGUUGAAAUUAAAUGAGCCCAAAUCCCAGAGCUGCACAUCCGUUGUGGACAGAAAUAGCUCCAAGAGAAGCCCUCUCUCAUAUAAAUGGGAUAGAGGGUCCAUAAAGGAGAGAGACGGGCAGGUGGGCAGGUGGGCAGACACCUGAAACUCUGGCAGAGGAGAAUCCUUCUCUCUGACCAGAGUAUGGAAGAACCAAAUAUUGUAGAGAAAGCUCCAUUACAUUUUCUCUCUCUCUGCUGUUAACUGGCACCUAGUCAAUUCUACCUCAAAGGCUGAGACUUUUCAAAAGCAGAUCACCAGGCUUGUCUUUUGAGGUGCUUCUUGACAGGUUCCAACUGCCAGCCUUUUGGCUGGUUGUCCAUCCAGUGCUUUGGCCCCAUAGGUAGAACCAGUCACUUAUGUGUACAACAGAAUGAAGAGAUUAAAGCCCCAGCAUUCCUGCCAGUGGGCCAGGAAAGCACUCCUUCAGAACUCAGACAGCAGCAGAGAAAUAAAGAGAGGAGACUGUGCAAGAAAGAGAUUCUGCAGACUUGCUAUGAAAUCCUGGUUCACCCCCCAGAUGCAUCUGCAUUGCCCUGACUCUAAGAAGCAUUAUCAAAUCCUUUAAGAGGCGCCCUAUGGGUUAGAACACCAUCAAGGUUCCAGACUGAGUGGGGCUCACAUAGAUUAGAUCUGAAUACAGCUGCAAAGCCUUCAAAAAUUGAACUUACAUUUGAACCAUAGAAUACAGAAGAUGGGACAGAACUUGGAGCCUGAACAUAACUGGGUCAAUAGACUGCUAAAAACAAAAAACAAAAAAGAAAAAAAUUCUCAUAAAAUUAAGCCAGACUUGUAGUCUUGAAAUCAUAAGACACAGAUUUUAAAAUGCUAUUCUAAUCAUUCUCCAAGAAAUAACACGGACACUUUUUAAAUAAAUGGAAAGAUAAUAGGUGCUAUUUGCAAAGGAAAAUUUUACAUGGUAAAAAUACAUGGUAGAAAUAAAAUUCAUUUGAUAGUUUCAAGAGCAGAAUGGUGAUGACUGAGAAAAAAAGAUGAGUUUAAAAUAUUUACUCUGAAAAGAGAGAAAAAAUAUGGAAAAAAAUGAACAGAGCCUCAAGAAUUAGAGAAAAAGUCUGUUUAUUUAUUAGAACUCCAGAAGAAGUGGAGAAAAUGUGUGCUGUAGGAAAACAUAUUUGAUGAAAUACUGGGCAAACACUUUCCAAAUUUGAUGAAAGACGUAAACUUACAGCUUCAGAAGGUCAGCAAACCCCAACAGGUUAAUCCUAAAGAAUUCUAUGUGAAAAUAUAUUUUUAUGCAAAUAUUGUGUUACGUGUUUUUUGCAAAUCACACACUCCCCUCCCCCCAAACCGGCAUAUUUGCAAGUAUGCUAUGCUAGUUUUUUACACCAACAUAUAAAAAAAAUAAAUAAAAUUAGGCACCAUUCUCAUAAGAGUACCCGGGAAGGGGAAGGCUCAGUUGGCAAAGAAUAUCUAUAAUGUGUGCAUUAUUUGCACAAAAAUACAGUACAUCAUAAUCAACUGCAGAAUAACAAAGAUCAACAAAAUACCCAGGAAGAAGCUAGAGAGAAAACAAUAGAUUUCACAUGGGAAAAAUAAUUUCACUGACUCUUUCUUCAUUAUCAGAAAACCACAGAGGCUGAAAUGUUGUGAAAAAACAUUUUUUCAACACUGAAAGAUCAGAAACAUUACCCCAGAUUUCUAUAUCCAAUCAUUACCUUCAGGAGUAAAGAAAAAAUAGUGCCAUUCUUAGCGAAGGAAAACUGAGAGAAUUCAUCGCCACCAGACUUCUCCCAAACGAGACUCUAAUGGAAGUGCUUCAGGAGGUAGACUUGGAAUUUCACCCGUAUUUCAGGAAAGCAGAAAACAUGGGAACUAUGUGGGUAAAUAUACUGUGUUAAUACUGUAGUCACUGCACAACAUGGCGCUGGACAUGACUCUUUGGAAAGUUUUUCCAGUCUCUUGGAAAUGCUUGGGAACAUACUCUUGACAGAAAAUCAUUACUAGAGAAUAGAAUUAAUUUUGACAAUAUCUGAAAGAUGUCUGUAGUCAAGUCUGGUGAAUAAAAUGGAAACUAAAUUUUGGGACCCAAAAUAAGGUGUGGUAACAAAAAAUGAGUCUCAAUUCCGAUGUGGCCAUGAGCUGGCUCUGAAGGCCGGCCUUCCCCAGAGAGGCGUUUCAGGCACAUUGGGAGCAAUGGCUUGUUGUUCUUGUUGCUAGGUGCUAUCGAGUGGAUUUCUGAGUCAUUGAGGCCCAGAGUGAAGGCAAUACUGUCCCAACAGGGUUUCCUGAGUUUUAAGCUUAAUGGGAGAGGAUUGCCAGAUGUUUACUCCUUUGAGCCUUUGGGUGGGUUCAAACCAUUGACCUUUCGGUUAGCAGUCAAGCACUUAAACUUUGCACCACCAGGGCUCCUUGGAAUAAUGGCAGCACCGCAGAAUUUGGUACAAACUUCCCCAUGGGCCUUCCCUGAGAAGUAACCUCUUUGCUGAAGUACCAAGUUUAGUUUUCAUACAUAGUCAUUCUGUACAAAGUCUACAUAAGAAUUAGAGUGUUUCCUUGAAUAGACAACAUUUUACAUGCCCUCCAUGAAGAAAAUGCCUCAAGGGCAAAUUUUAAGAGUAAACCAAGGCAUUUCCCAUCACUCCUUAACCUGAGAGGCUCUUCGUGAGGAUUUCCUAAACACAUGGAAAAGAACAUAGUAGACACUGCCUUCUUUUACCUCUUCCCUCCUAAACAAACUGAAACCUUUGCUAAGAUGUCAGGUGUCAAGCCCCAAACUCCUCUUCUUAUCCUGUAUGUAAGUUCUGUAAUGAGACCAGGACCCAGGCAGUAUUUCCCAUCUUCCAAAGUUUCGAGGUCCAGUGAAAUCCUGUUACAAGUCACUAGAUCAGCCCAGGAGCUGGAAGACUGAAAUUCCUGGUCCUCUGACAACUGGGAAGGGCAGGGUGGGAUUGGGCAGAGCCUCCUUGACCAUCACUUGCCCCAAGAGGCUCUGGAGGCUGCUUCAUGUUAUAAGUCAAAGGCCCUUCCAGCCCAGUCGCAUAAGAGCAGGGAAAGGCUUUUGCCAUUGAAAGAAGAAAUGGGCUCAGGAGCAGCGGGUUUGAGGCCAUUCAGCUUCUGUCAGCUUUGCGGCUUCGGACAUCUUGGCCGCUGGUCGCCUUCACAACUGGGUCUUUAUACCUCUCCACCUCUCUCUCCCUCCCAGUACCAUGGGCUGUGGCUUCUGCUAGUUUUAAUGAUUUCAAUGUUUCAGUAGCUCCUCGCCCCACUCAGAGGAGGCAGAUUUGCAGGGUGUGAGGGACAAACCCAUAGUUCUGCUUAGGUUUCCUUCAACAGAAACACUCCUGAGGUGACAAGCUGUCCUGACUGAUCCUGAGACCAAGACAGAGAAACUCAGUGAGGGGGUCAUUGGCUUCUGGAAGUGUCAGCACUCUCAGAGACAUGUCCUGGGGUCAUGCCCAAUUGCAGGAAAAAUGAAGUGGCUCUGAACCUCGGUGUGUUGAUCGUCCAGUACACAGGACCCGGAAGCCUCUGGAGGAUUCUCAGUCUUAGUCUAACCCAGCACUGGGGAAAUCCUCACAGGGUGGGAGCAGUGAUAUUCCUGGGUAUCUUUAUUCUAAAAAUCUCAGAGUAGUUGAUACAGUCUUGGGAGGUGGGAAAAGAGAAAGAUUGGGACCACAGGAGGGCGGCAAAAGAAGGAGGCUCCUAUCACUCACUCCCUCUGGGAUCUUGUUCAGGUUUUUUUGUUUUUUAAUGCAACUUGGGCUCCAGGCAGGCACUUAUUGCUAAAGUUGUAUUUCUCUGUUUUAAUUUAUGAUAUCUAAGUCAAAUCUGGAGUCUUGAGCUGAUUUUGAUAAUUCGUCUUUCGUCUGUGCAGACAAGAGUCCGCUCACACCCAUGAUGAGAGCAAAGGAAAUAAAUUCCCUAGCCUAGACCAGGGCGGGCUCUCUUGCUCCUCAAACUAAGAGUACCACACAUGGGGAGCUCUCCUAGGGCAGCGCAGGCGGUGAGUCCAGUCUGGGGCCCUGGGAAGGGGACAGGGUGGGUGCCAGGCAGUGUGGCCUCUGUGGCUUCACCUUCUCCUCCAGGAAGUGCAUCUCGAAGGCCUCCACGUUCAGAUCCUGACACUAACCACAAGUUCUCACCCUUCUGUGUCCACUGUCUGGACCCAAGUCCCCAUAUGCCUCCUCUGCCCUCCUAUCCCAUCAUAUGCGCUGUGAUCAGGCUCAGGUAUGUACCCUGGGUCUCGCCCUCUAUGGCCUUAGGGUCCCCGAGUUCUGUUGGGACCUGCCAGUCUGGCCAGUCUUAGGUGUGGGUGGGGAUGGGUGGGCUGGGACUGUCACAAAAGGCUCCUGAAGCCAGCUCUUUCCUGCUCCCCGCCAGCUUGUGGUAGGGCUGCCCAGGACCCCGCACCUCUCCCGGGUGCCCCUCUCUGAGCAUCCCUGCCGCCCUCUCCCCUAGUUCUUGAAGCGCCUUCUCUUGAUGCACAGAUGCAACUGAGCACCUCACCACACUGAACCCGGAGUUGGCUCUCAGCUAGAUUAAAGACCUGAACCUGAAAUGCACAACCUUAAAAGCACUAGAACCAAUAACUCAUUGUUGUCUAAUCCAUUCCGACUCAUAGGGACCAUAAAGGACAGAGUAGAACUGCCCUAUAGGGUUCCCAAGGAGCGCCCGGUGGACUUGAACUGCCAACCUUUUAGUUAGCAGCUGUAGCUUUUAACCACUACUCCACCAGGUUUCCUAAAACUGCUAGAUAGGUGGGAAAUGAAAAAAGAAAAAAAAGUAAAUAAAAAAAUUUUAAGAAAAAGAACAAUUACGGAAUAUGUAAAAGAAAAAAAAUAACAAAACAAAAAAACAACUACAAAAAAAAUCACAUAAUAUGAGACUGUAACCUCACAUUAUGGACUCAAGGCUGGGUUGUAUCUUUCUUUGCAAAUAAGUCUUAGAUUAGGGAAUUGGUACCAGGAGUAGAUACACACUCUCACUUCAGGAAAACGGAAAAUCUGGGAUUAAUUGACCUGGAUAAGGCGGAAAACAGUGAUAACCACAUAAUAUUUAAAGAUGAAAUCCUAACAGCCUAAAACAUGCAGUGAAAAUUUUCUAAGUAAAGUAGCAUCAGAAGAGGCCUUUAAUCACUACACAAAAUGGGUCAGUAGUUCAAGAUCUCCCUACAAAGAUGGAAUCAACUCAAUGGCCAACUGGUUUUGGGUUUGGUAGAUCACUUUCAGGCAGGUUCCAGCAAACACGCAAAAAACAGAUCAUUUCAAUCUUGUACACAGUCAUUAAAGAAGAGAAAACUAUGAGAUGCUUCCCAACUUGUUCCCUAAGGCUACUUUAAUAUUUAUACCAAAUUAGAAAAGGAAGGUGUAAAAGGAGUUACAGGACAAGCAUAGUAAGCAAUUGAGAUGCAAAAACCUACAUAAAAUGCUGGCAAAGAAAUCCAGCAAGGUAUAAAGCAGGUAAUACGCCAUGAUCAAAGGGGUUUAUUUAAAGGAUGCAAGCUUGAGUGAACAUUAAAGGUUUAACAAUUUAAUUCACCACAUGUGUAGGUUAAGGAAGAAAAGACAUAGGCUCACCUCAAGAGACGGUGAAAAGGCAGUGAUAAAAUCCAACCACACUGAGACAUAAGAACUCUGAGCAAACAUGGAACAGAAAAGGAGUUCCCGAAUGUGGAAAACUACAACUAGCAUGAUAGUUCCUGGUGAAAUAUGGGACAUUCUCUUUAAUAUUCAUUAGCAAUAAGGAUGCUUUCUCUCAUUAUUUCUAUUAAAUAUUUAACACUGGAGUACAAAAAGAAAACGUAUAACUCUUAUUAUUCAUAGAUUAUAGGAAUGUCUCCACAGAAAAAUUUAAAAACCAUAGAAAAUAUUAGAAUUAAUAUUAGUUAAUCAUAAAUACAAAGUAAAAAAUAAAGUUAAUGUCUAUGCAGCGGCAUCAAGACAACUCUGUCACAGCUCUCAGUGAAAGCAGAGGACACUGACAGGGAAACAGCGGGAUCCAGGUGGGUUAGACCACGGAGGGGAGAGCACUAUUUUACACUGGGCUGGAUUUAUAAGCACAGGUAUGUGUGUUAGUUACCUAGUGCUGCCGUAGGAAAAAAAAAGAUAACACAGUUGGGUGGCUUUAGAGAAUAAAAAUUUAUUUUCUCGCAGUUCAGGAGGCUACCUGCCUCAAUUCAGGGUAUGGCUCAUGUCUACUCUAGCUUCUAGCAGCUUCCAGCCACCCUUUGUGUUCCUGGUCUUGUAGGUGCAUCUGCUCCAUUGUCUGUCUUCCUCUCCCACUGAGUGUGUCUGCGUCUAUUCUGCUGUUUAUAUAACUCAGAAGGGACUAGGUUUAGGACCCACCCUACACUGGUAUGGCCUCAUUAAUAUAAUUUUAAAAUCCUCUAUAUCCAAAUCAGGUCACAUUUACGGGUACGGCGGUUAGGAUUUCAACAUACCUUUUGGGGUUAUACAAUUCAGUCCAUAAUAGUGCCCUCACCAGAUAUUCUGGACUGAGAAUACUAGCAUGAGCAGCUAGGAGUGGUUCUAUUUUUUUCCCGCAUUAGUUGGUUGUAACUUGUCUCAAUGGCCACUCAUAUGAACUUUGGAGCAGCUUAUUAUGAAGACCCUGGCCAACCUUUCGCACCCAUGUCCAUUGUGUGGAAAAACACACAGACUCCCAUCACUGAAGCCUUGGGAAAUUCACUGAUAAGUGUGGAAUGGAGUUGGGACCAGAAUUGUUUCGUGGCCUUGAUAACAUGGCAUAGCUGUUAGAUAUCCACAUGGAGAUGUCAGGUAAUAAUACUAACAGCUAACACUUACUGAGUACAUGCGCUGGUGCUGGGAUUCUUGUAAGGGCUUCUCCUUUCCUAAGAUAUUUGUUCUGCAUGAUAGCCCUAUGAGGAAUGUACCAUUAUAAUGCACAUUUUAUACAUGAAGAGGCCGAUACAGAGAUUUAAGCUGAUAUUUGACUAUAAGUCUGCACCCAGGAGGAGCUGAAAUGGCUGGAGGUGUAAAUCUCACGUCCUCAGCUACAGACCAAUGGCUGUGGACACACUGAGGCAUUCCAGACAGAGGGUGUCAAUAGAGAGAGAGGACUAAACACCGAGCCCUAGGGCACCCUGACGCCUACAAGCUGGCCAGGUGAACCACAGCCAACAAAGCUCUCUGAAGGUCAGUGUGGUUCCUGGAAGGUGGUCUGUCCUUUCUCUAAGCCGAAUUUCCCCACUGCCCCUCCCACCUGCACUGCCUUGUCCCCUUCGUAAUAGCAGGGACAGUGUGUAACUUUCACCACUGCCCAAGAUCCCAAGGUUACAAUAACAUUGGUAUGGAAAGCAGAAUGAUGGAGUCAGGAAGCCUGGUGGUCAUAUGCAGCCAGUUGGAAACAGAAAAGAGCAAAUAAACAAGGGGAGAAGACCAUGAGUCAGAGGAGAGGGAGAAAUGAAUAUUUCCUGAGUGCUAAGUAAGGCUGGGCGUCUGCUGGAGGCAUGUAGUUCCUCAUUUAAACUUCAGAGGGACACAAUGGGUGGAAUAGUCAUUGCUGUCCACUUUCAUCAUGCAAACGUUUUAUUUCCUUUGAUUUUAACAGUAACUUCUUAUAAAAACAAAUGAGAAAAUAGAGAAGAGUAUAAUAAAAGAAUACAUCUCAUCAAUUCAGUACUAUCAUUUUGCCUCAGCAGCUAUACAUUUUUGUUGUUGAUGUAAAUAUAACACAAACCUUUGCCAAGUGAACGAGUUGUACAGGUGUACACACUAUUAAAAGGAAUUAAUCGGUUGUGCAACCCUACCCUUAAUCAGUGUGAUUUUUCAAUCAUUGUAAACAGAAACUCAGUUUCCAUAUGCAAUAACACCCCUUUAUUCCCUCCCUCCUGCCCCUGGGAACCCUUAUAAACUUUCGUCUCUAUACAUUUGCCUGUUUUUGUAAAAGGCAUGCUUUUUAAUUUGAAAGUUGAUGACAAGCUACAAGGGUGAAUUCAUGUGGAAGCAGAAGUUAUUUGCAAUACAUACAUCCUACUACAAACUUGGUUCCAGAAUAUACAAAGGAUGAUUCAUAAAGAAAAAAAAAGAAGAAUUCAAUAGAAAGCCAAGUAAAUACUUGAACGCUCUAUAAAAGAUUUCUGUAUGGCCAGCAUACAUAUGGAAAGGGACUACAUCAGUUAUCAGAGGAAUUCUAAUAAAAACUCACAAUGUGAUCCUAACCCUGCACACCAGAAUGGCUAAAAUAAAAAAAAAAAAAAUGGAAACACCAACUAUUUGGUAGAACAUGGAGCAACUGGAAUUCUAUUCUACUGCUAGUGAAAGUGUAAUUUGGUACAACCACUUUAAAAAUGCUUUGGCCAUAUCUACUACAGCUGUGAACAUCCAUAUAUUCUAUGACCAAGCAAUUCUACUUCUAGAUACAUACCCAGUAGAAAUGGGUACAUAUGUUCACCAGAACACAUAAGUCUAACUAUUUCCUAGGGAAUGAACACCCUCCUUCUGAAUGCCUAACUUUUGUUUUUAACGGUUCUUUAGAUGAAGGUUUACUGAGCAAAGUAGCUUCUCAUUAAACAGUUAGGACAUAUAUUGUUUUACGACAUUGUUUACCAACUUCAAGAUAUGUCAAUACCCUCUCUUCUUAAACUUGGGUUCCCUAUUACCAGCUUUCCUGUCCUCUCCUGCCUUCUAGUCCUUCUUCCUGGGCUGGUAUGCCCCAGGAGUCUCAUUUUGUUUUAUGGGCCUGUCUAAUCUUUGGUUAAGGGUGAACCUCAGGAGUGACUUCAUUAUUGAGCUAAAAAAGGAUGUCUGGGGGUCAUAUUCUCAGGGUUUCUCCAGUCUCUGUCAAGCUAGCAAUUCUGGGUUUUGCUUUUUUUUUUUGAAUUAGGAUUUUGUUCUACAUUUUUCUCCAGUCCUGUCCUGAAUGCCUCACUUAAAAAGCACUAUUCUCGUCUGUUCUAAGGUGAUGGCCAUAUAUAAUGAUAAGCUUAUAAAGAAAAGUCUAGAGCUUUCUGUGAAAUGCAGCAGCAAAUCUCUAGAGGCUCAUGUUCUUAUAGCUUCUGUUCCCUCUGGAGCUACUGCUUCUGUCUGUCCUUCUGCUGGGCUGCACCACAUGGAACCAGUUAUAAAAUUCAACUUCAUCUUAUAAAUUCACAGGAGUCCUACUCACACAAAAUUUUUAUUGGCUAUGAGAACAGCUGUGUAGAAAAGGUAUCGAAGGGAUUUCUAUUCCAGCAAAGCAAAACCUUAAAAUGAAAUGGCUGGAAAUGGCGGGCCUCCUUCUGUAAAAAUGUUUUUCCAUAUGGAAUAUGGGAAAAUGCAGUUAAGAUAUGGCUUAUGCAAAAAGGCAAAAAGGAGUGCUUGCAGCAAUUUGGUAAUCAUUUAGAUCACCUGUAAAAAUAUUUUCAUCCUUUUUCUCACAGCUUUCAGGAAACGAAAUUCCAAAAGGAUCACAUAUUCAAAAGUAAAAUAUGCCACCAUAGAAAUUUCAGAAGAAACUAUGAGAGAUUUUGUUUUGCUUUUUAUUGGUAAAAGAGAAAGAUUUUCUAAAAAUCCCAAAGCUGUGAAGGUUAAAACUGGUAAGAUACAGAUAUAGAUGUUAGGCAUAUCAAAAACUAUAUGAAGAAAGCAAAAAUACAGGUAAAAAUCUGAAGAAAAAUUCAUAGGCUAAGGAUUUCAAUAGACAUUUCUCCAAAGAAGGUAUAGAAAUGGUCAAUAAUCACAUGAAAAGAAGCUCAACCUCAUUAGUCAUUAGGGAAAUGCGAAUCAAAACCAAAACGCACUAUUAUUUCAAAACCACUAAGAUGGCUCAAAUCAAUAGGAUGGACAACACAAGUGGUGAG